AUGUAUUUCUUGUUAACACUGAUACAGGGUCAGAUUGGCUGGGGAGUGACUUACACCUCUACUCAGAUCUGUGCUGUUAAAGGAUCAACAGUGAACAUACCCUGCAGCUACACAUACCCAUCAGCUGUAGGUGGAGUUGAUACUACAGUUGAGCAGAGAUUCUGGUUUAUUCAACAGUUUGUGGAUCUAACAACAGACUCAGAGUAUUCAGGUCGUGUGCAGUAUCACUCUGAAAACAAGGACUGUACUCUGAGAAUCUCAGACCUGAGAGAGAGAGACUCAGCUGUGUACAAGUUCAGGUUCAUAACAAACCAUUUAACAGGGAAAUAUACUGGUUCACCUGGAGUCAGUCUGUCUGUUACAGAUCUCCAAAUGCAGGUGAGCAGAUUAGAGGUCUACGAGUCUUAUAACCAGGCAGAUCUGACGUGUCAGAGCAGUUGUCCUCUACCUGGUCAUCCUUCCUACAUCUGGUACAAGAAUGGACAGAACAUUCAGGGACAAACAUCUGAUUCUUAUUCAGCCUCCUUGGAUCCUGCAGACAGCUUUUCCUGUGCUGUAAGAGGACAUGAGGACUUCCCCUCUCCUUCAGUGUAUGCUCCAAAGCUUUCCUCUGUGUCAGUGAGUCCCUCUGCUGAGAUAGUGGAGGGCAGUUCAGUGACUCUGACCUGUAGCAGUGAUGCUAACCCAGCAGCUAACUACACCUGGUACAAGGAGAACCAAACACUGCUUCAAGGACCAGAAGGACGUUAUUAUUUCUCCUCCAUCAGAUCUGAGGACAGAGGGAACUACUACUGCAAGUCUGAGAAUCAGUUUGGACAGAUCAAGUCAUCGUCUCUGUCAGUAGAUGUUCAGUAUGGUCCAAAGCUUCCCUCUGUGUCAGUGAGUCCCUCUGCUGAGAUAGUGGAGGGCAGUUCAGUGACUCUGACCUGUAGCAGUGAUGCUAACCCAGCAGCUAACUACACCUGGUACAAGGAGAAUGAAGACUCACCAAAAGCAUCAGGACAGAUCUUCACCAUCACUGACUUCAGAGCUGAACACAGUGGGAAUUAUUACUGUGUAGCCCAGAACAGAAGAGGAAGUCAGAACUCCACCUUACAUCUGAUUGUUGUAGCAGGGAAUUUAACAAUGAUAAUGAAUAUCAUCAGGCUGACUGUGGUGGUCCUGAUGCUGAUUCCUCUGCUGCUCUUGAGUCUGUGGGCGAGGAAGAAGAAAACUCUGAGCUCCACCACUGGACCACAUGGACCUGUAGAGAUAGAGACUCUUGUCCUGCGUAUCAGAACAUCUCAGACACUGCAGCACAGACAGAAGACCCAGAGGAGCAGGAAGACCUGGUGUGAAGUCCAGUCAGAUGCAGCUGAACCAGAGACUGGACUCACCUGAUGGAAACAAAGUAGUACGACAUUGAAAUAUCCCUGAGGAGAGCGUGGCUGUGGAGGGUGCGGGGGAAGUGGAUACAUUUACCUUCAACUCCAGAAGAUUUUAUUGUCAGUUUUGAGUAUCAGCAGCAGGUAGGAGUCAGCAGCAACAUGUAGCACAACGUUUAGAAGAAUGUGGUGUUGGCAGCUUGAACUGAAUCAUG